UGGUUGUGCAAUCGCCCACAUUCAGACAAGAAUCUUGACUGUUGCCAAGCGCGAGUACACCACAUCAAACUUUGUUAUCCUUUCUGCUUGUUUAGWGCGUUGUGAAUUUUAAUUGAUUUUCUUUUUAAAUCAGGCGUUUCAAUACGUCUUAGCUUUUUGUACGGAGUUAUUGUUAGAAUUAAUUAGGCAUUCUUUGGUCUUUGCCUGGUAAUUGAAUCGUGAUAGCUGUUUAAGAGAUGUUUAAUUCCGUAAAUCAAGAUGUUCAGACGAAUAUUAUAGUUGCCAGACUGAGCUAAGCARAAAUGGACGUCGCUMCCAGAGAAAUCCAAAUCGAUGGUUUGGACCAUUUAACCCCAGAAAACACAAUUAUGGCUGCCCGACCACAUGAGAUUUUCACCGCAGCCAAAAAAGGCGACAAAAACAAGGUUGARCAGCUACUGGAUGGAGGAGUGGAGUUGAACUCCAGAGAUAAGGAUGGCUGGACAGCCUUACACCACGCCACCGACUCGUUAAGUGAUUCUACAGUGCGUUUCUUGCUGACGAGAAGGGCAAGCACAYUAGCAGCCACUACUGACUCUGGAAAAAUUCCUCUACAUAUCGCGUGCACAAAGUCAUCUGUGAACGCUGCUGGGAUUGAGAUUGUCAAAUCUCUCGUAAGGGUUGCUGGGAAAGAAGCAAAGCUUAUGGUGGAUAAGAAUGGCGAGAAUGCACUGAUACUGGCAAUCAACGCUGGAAAUUUCCUGGCGAUAAAAGAGUUGCUGGCUUCGGGACAGGCUGAUCAACAAGUCAAAGCAGUCAAGGCAAAUGGCGAUACAGCCCUCCACGUUGCAGUACGGAGAAGGGAAAUUGAUAUUUCCAAGCUAUUGAUACAGUAUGGAGCAGAAAUCGAUGCACAAAAUGAGGAUGGAUACACCGCAGCCCACAUUGCUGCAAGGGAAGGAGAUGAACAUAUGUUCAAAGUUUUACACGCCUUGAAAGCUAAAGUGGACAUCACUGAUCAUGAGGAUCGUACUCCCCUUUACUUUGCAACAAUGAAAGGUGCAACAGGAAUUAUUGAAUUUCUUAUUGAUAAAACCAAAGCCGAUGUUCAGAUCAGAUCAAAGAAUGGGAAUACUCUCCUUCAUCUGUCAUGCGCAAAUGGACACGUCGAAGCUACAUUGCUCCUUCUCAAGAAAGGAGUACUACCACAAAUGCCAAAUAAGGAAGGCUCUUUAUGCAUUCAUAACGCUGCGAGAAAUGGUCACGUGGGCGUCGUCAAGGCCUUAUUGGAUAAAGGUGUUCCAGUCGACAUUAAAAAUAAGAAUAAUCUUAGCGCACUUCACGAAGCGAUCUUAGCCAGAAGGCAUGGUGUUGUACAGCUGUUGCUAGGAUACGGUGCUGAUAAGGAACUCCGCGGAGGAAGGGACAAAGAGUCACCAAUACAUAUGGCAGCAAAGGUCAGGGAUGGUGAAAAGGUUGCUGACAUUUUGAUUCGAAGUGGGGCCAACCCCGACACAAAGAAUGAGAAAAAUGGAGAGCGAGCUUUACAUGUCGCUGCAAGAAACGGUAAUCUUAAAGUGGUUGAACUUCUUUUGAAAGAAGAUGUCGAAGUAGCUCGRCGAUCAUCAAAUGGAGAAACACCCCUUCAUCACGCAUGCGCUAAUGGACAGUUCGACAUCGCUAAAUUGAUYGUCGAGAAACUCUUCAAAGACAAAUCCUACGUGUUUGCCAAACUCGUUGUGAACAUUCCAAACGAUAGAGGUGAAACGGCAUUGCAUCAUCUCUGCCAGCGUGUCAGACGUAAAGAGAACAUAGAUGAUCUUGUCAACAUGGCGGGUUUACUACUGGAACAUGGUGCCAACAUGACAAUGACUACUAAAACGAAAAAAGAGACACCACUUCACUGGAUUGCACGUUCUGGUAACUAUGACGUCUUGAAGGCGAUGCUUACGUCACAGAAAGUUCCAUUACAUCUCAUCCAAUCAGGAAUCAACAGCAAAACUGACAUUGGCGCUUCUCCUUUGAUGAUUGCAUCACAUCAUGGUAACUUAGAACUAGUCAAGGUGUUGUUGAGUCACGGUGCAAGAGUAGACGUCUUUGACGAGACGGGAAGUACUGCCCUACAUCACGCUGCAACCUAUGGCCACGAUGAAGUGGCGUGUAUUCUUUUAGAUCACAAGUCAUUCGUUAAUGGGCGUACAAAGAUUGGUAUCACCCCCAUCCAUCUUGCAUCAGAGAAAGGAUACACAAGACUUGUCAAGACGCUCAUUACUAAAUACAACGCUUUAGUAGAUCCUGCGACCAUGGACAAGAAAACUCCUUUACAUUUUGCUGCUGACAGUGGUCAUGCAGAUGUCUGCAGCUUGCUUCUAUCGCUCCGUGCUGAAUCAAAGUGCUCUGAUGCUAAAGGAAUGAUUCCUGUCCACUACGCUGCGUUGAAAGACCACGAAGAAGUUGUUGGAAUUUUCCAUAAAAAUCGUCCAGAGACUCUUACCCAACCCAACGAUGAGGGACUGACAGUCAUGCUAUUGGCAGCAAAAGCUGGAAGCAUUAAAGUAAUCAAAAAACUAGUCUCUCUUAACUUUUCAAGCUGCAAAACAGAGACGAGUGUUCUCUCGAGACCAUUGUUGAUUGCUGCYCGAGCUGGCCAYACUGAAGUGGUSGAGUUUCUUCUACGAUGUGGUGCUUCAGCUACUGAAGAGGACAAGGAUGGUAUGAGUGUCAUGCUACUUGGUGCCAAAUUUGGCCAAAUGAAAGUCGUUGAUAUGCUGUGGGGAAAAGUAGCCAUUGAUCGRCCAAGCUCGAAGACUGGCCUGACACCAGUUCAUGUUGCUGCCCUAUAUGGACAGAUUGAGGUUCUUCAAGAAAUUCUUUCCAGGUCCCCAGCGUCGGGAUCUUUCAUUAGUUCGAAAACAAAGGAAGAAGAUGAAAGCAUAGAUCACGGCUUUACUCCUCUUCAUCUCGCAAGUCAAAACGGUGAUCCAGCGUUAAUUAGGAUGCUGAUGAACAGCCCUGGUGUUCGAAUUGAUGCCAAGACAACGGGAAAGGAUCGCACUCCUUUGCACUAUGCCGCCCAAGAAGGUCACAUCGAAGUAGUCAGCACACUGAUAAGCAAAACUAUAGCUCCAAUACACAUGCGGGACAUUCACGGUCAAAUACCACUGCACAUGGCAGCAGCCAAUGGCUACAAAGAACUUGUCACGCUUCUGAUUGGACAGGGCUCUGAUAUAAAUUCUGAGGAUGAGGAAGGUAACACAGCACUUCAUUUGGCUGCGCAAGGUGGAUACUUGGCCGUCACGAUGCUGUUGACCGAAUAUGGUGCAUCGACAGUGGCACAGACAAAGGCAGGAAAAGCGGCCAUAUGUUUAUCUGCAAAUCGACGACACAGUGAUGUCCUGAACUAUCUUUUGGGACAGAAACUCGACCACGAAAAGCUUAUUACUGAUAGAGCGUUUCUACUUGACUUGGUGAACUGUGCAAGGAAAAUGGACCAAAAGCCUCUGAAAGCGUUUGUCCUUACUGCUCCUGCCCCAGUGCACAUCUCUUCAUUACUGGCACACUUAUUUCAGAAUGAGUCAAAGAAAAACAAGGAAUAUCAAACAGUUUUAUUGGAAGCCAGUAUUUGCUGCGAAGCAAUGUCGAACAAUCUAAUCACAGUGUCGUGUGCUGAAGACAGUGAAGUGGUCCUAAACGCUUUAGAUAAUCAGAACACUGCUUUCCUAGAUUUUCUGAUCACUUGCGAUCAGAAAGAGUGCGUCUCGCAUGCUAUCGUCCAGCAAUAUGUCACAGAGAUCUGGUACGGAGACCUAAAGUGGCAAGAUUGGAAAUUCUUACUGCUGUUCUUUGUAGCAUUCUUUUGCCCGCCAAUUUGGUUUUACUUGUGCCUUCCAUUCAAAAAUCGCUAUCACUACAUACCUAUCAUGAAGUUCAUCUGUCGCCUCAUUUCUCAUUUGUACUUACUUAUCCUAUUUAUUCUUACCACUGUAAUUCCAUGGGAGCUCUCCAUUCAAAACCUUUUACCAACAGUCUUUGAAUGGAUGCUGCUAGUAUGGGUCAUYGGUCUGCUAUUGUCAGAGCUGACUUCAUCACGAGAGAGACGUGGCCUUGGAUGGAUCCCUUGCAUUGUUAUUGUAGUGACCUUCUGUGGGGUAAUUCUCCAUUUAGUCGCCAUAGCAGCGGACGUUAAUCAUCGGCGGGACUUGAUCUACGCACGCAACCAGCUACUUGCCUUUGGGAUGAUAAUGUGUGUUGUUCAACUCCUGGAGUUCUUGUCCAUUCAUCAUCUCUUCGGUCCGUGGGGGGUAAUCAUUGGUCAUUUAGUAGUUGACGUCUUGCGAUUCCUUGUCAUCAUGUUUCUGUUUGUCAUCGGUUUUGCUCUUCAACUUGCAGCCGUAUUUAAGCCAUUGAACGAUGUUGACAAUGGAUACAAGAUGAUGGAUGCCAGCACAGGGAUGCUUACCAUAAGUGAGAUGCUCUUCUUUGCCUUAUUUGGUCUGACCUCUCAUAAAGAUGUCAAAUCUGAAGACCCAGGUUUCCCACCGGCAACCAUUCCAAUUGCUAAGACGGUGUUUGGAGUGUACAAUGUGCUCUGCAUGAUCGUCUUGAUUAACUUGCUCAUUGCCAUGAUGAGUGACACUUACCAGCGAAUCCAAACACGUUCAGACGUAGAGUGGAAAUUUGGCCGCGCAAAACUGAUCAGAACGAUGGAAAUAGAAGUAUCUCAGCCUGUUCCUCUUAACUUAUUCACCUUCCUUGUCAACUUUGUGCGWGCUCUGUACAAAGCACGUUGCAAUUGCCGACGAAACAUUAUUGGAAUGAUGGCCGCAGAAGAAGAACAACGAAAACAGCAGCAAAUGAAGAAACACACGGUAACUAAACGUGGCUCCAAACAGGAAAAUGGAUUACUGGCUAUGAAACUUGAAAACUCGGAAAUCGGCGAGCAUUCAAAUGAUCAUCGAAUACAGAACGUAGUGGAUUGGAACCAAAUGAUAGACAAAUAUUUCGACAUCACGGGGGAGAAGUCGUUAGACAGCGSCGGGAAAAACAAAAGAUCUUCAAAGGGAAGCAAAGGUGGAAUGACAGCGAUACAAGCCACUGGACAAGCACUACAGAGACUGAACGUUAUAAAUGCAAUGAAAAUGUAGAAUAUACUAGCUGCAAUAAGAGAGUUUAACGUUUUUAACCGCAGAUAUCGUCAACAUAAUGACAUUCAACUAUGUAGACAUUGGCUGACACUGAACAUAAAUGUACAUCUGAUAUAUUUAUUCUUCACAGACUUUAAAACAACAAAAAUAUACAGGUAAAUUGAUAUCUGUAGGUAAUUUUGUAUCCGAUCAAACUAGCAGAAAAUACUGUCACUCCAAAGAAUCAGUCAAGUACAGUCCAGUUUCCACGUCUUGUUUUGUAGCGUACAGGAUUAACAAUAAUUGCAUUUAAAUUAAUGUAUAUAUUUUUCCCUCAUUCAUGGAUAUUCAUUUUAGUAUUACAACGUCCUUAGUCAACUUUUAGAGAAUGCAAUAAUCAAGGUUAACCCUGUAAAGCUAGACUGCAGAGAAAGCAUAGCUUCCAUUCAGCCAUAUAGAAGACAUCUCUAAUGGAGGUUACUGUAGCACCGUUGUACAGAAAUGACCAAAGUUGUUUGGGUUAUAUAUACUCCUCCAUAAAGUAUUUUAAAUAGAAUUAUUAUAUAAGAAAAUCGGUAUCAUCCACUUAGUAACAACAAUAUGAAUAACCAAACAUAAGUAAAUCACUGAUAAGACCACGUGACGAAUGUCAUAUAAUACAUCACGUGAUAAACAAUUUGUAUAUUUAUUAAAAAUAUAAUAGUUACCUUAAGGCCCUUAGUACUACCCUCUUUAAUUCCUUUUCACAACGGUUUUGUAUUUCGUAGAAGAGCUUGGUACAAAAUGAGCAUUUUUUUAAAUUCAAUCGCGUGAUAAAUUAAAUGCGUGAAUAUAGUGCAUUAGCUAAAUUUUAUUUGUGCGUGUUACGGUUUUUACGAUAAAUACUAAAUGUACUGGA